CCUUACGGAACGGUACAGAAAACACUGACAGUGUAGGGAGUGAAAUAUUCCUACCCAUUAUAAAAAAUAUAAUAAUGGAAAUAUUAUUUUUGUUGCUUUCCCUCUUUCAUUUCUCAUCACCAGUGAAACACUCACUGAAGUAUUUCUUCACUGGAUCUUCUGGAUUACCAAACGUCUCAGAGGUUAUAGGUGUUGGAGCAGUUGAUGGCUGUCAAGUGGGCUACUGUGACAGCAGUAACAAUAUAGUAGAGCCAAGACAGGACUGGGUGAAGAAAAUAUUUGACAACAACCCUCAGCAGUGGAAGUGGUACACUGAUCAUUGUUUUGAAAUUCAGCCAAGCUUCUUCAGAGCCCGGAUUUUUAGUCUGUCUCAGCAGUUCAACCAAAGUGGAGAGAAGUCCUCUAAAACAGCCAUCUGCAUCAUUGUUGUUGGUGUUCUAAUCCUUUUUGCUGCUGUUGGAUUUGCUGUUUACAAAAGGAAGAAAGGAGGAAGAGAUACAGAGCUGGAGGUUGGAGAGAAGGAGCCCGUGGAUUAA